UACUUUACUGGUUAGACUACUGGACUGAUUAUUUUGAGCGGCGUAGAGGAGCGACGUUCGUCUCCGAUUGAAUCAAUCAGGAAAAAAAAAAAUCGAUAUCGAUCUGAGAGAAAGUGUGCGAAGAAGAAUGGGAGAUUCGCGAUCGUUGCUGGAUGGAUUCAAGGGGUUCUGGGAGGAGAGGUUAUCGUUCCUGGAGAAUUACACGAGGUUCACCAAACGCGAUACGCCUCUUCCUUCUUGGUCUUCCUCCGACGUCGACGAGUUCAUAGCCUCGGAUCCCGUCAAUGGACCCACCCUGAAAACUGCUAGGGAAGCUGCGGCUUUUGGUGCUACUGGAGCUGCACUUGGAGCUGUAUCUACUGCUGCUUUUUCCUGGAAAUAUUCCAGGAGUCCACAUGGUACUGCACUGUCAUUCUUAGGAGGAGGUCUUUUUGGUUGGACCUUUGGGCAAGAAGUCGCUAACCACACGAUGCAACUGUAUAAGUUGGACACGAUGGCUGCUCAAGUUAAGUUCAUGGAAUGGUGGGAACGCAAGUCUCAAGGAAGGUCCUGAAUCCUAAAACAGAGAGAAGCUUGCUAUUUUCUCUGCCAAGAUUGUCUUGCAAAGAUCAUGAGAUGGUGGUAGCAGUUAAAUCCAUUUUCAGACUCUCUUUCGAACCUUUCUUUAUGUUCUCACUCUCGAAACGUGUUUGUUUUCCUUGUCUCAAUAAUUCUACAAUGCCCCAUGAGUAGAUGAACUGAAACAGUCUCUUUUGGAUUUAUAAUAAAAAAGCUUAUUCAGUGUUAAAAAUA